GACGACGGAGAAAGUGAAAAGAGCAAACGCACCUUUUCCUUUUGAUUUAGUUGGCGCGCCCUUCCCUCUCUUCUUCCUAUCAAUGAUAUCCUGGAACCUCUGCUGCUCUUUCUCGUCUACGAUCUCCAACGCUGGGUAUUUACGUGCAAUGGCUGCGAUGUUGAGUGCAGGCGGAUAGUAUUUGACCAUGGAAGGACCCCGGAGACGGGCACGAAGGUAUUUAGCACCAGUACGGACGCGUGUGGGGUUGUACGUCGUUUGGAAUAUUGAGCAUCGUAGACGGGUGAGUGCCUCGAGCGUAGAGGGCCGGACGUUGGCCAUGGUGACUGUUUGGGAGAGACCCUAACCCGACUUCCGAUCAUCCAUCAAAAACUUUUCUUCUCUCUCUCCUCGCGCCAUCGUCGCGCUCCUGGGAUGCAACGCAAUGCAGCGGCCUCAUGCUGCAGGUGGACACCUGAAUCUUGGCCAACUCUUCCUUCGCUAGGCUCCCACGUUUCGCGCAGAUUUCGCUCUGCAGCCAAUCGACGACCAAGUAUCCGCUACCAAAACCCUUCCCAUCUCUCGAGGAACGCUCUCCAGCAUAUCAUUACGCCGCCGCCUCCUAAAGUCGAUAUAGGAUCCUUGGCCAGACGCCUUCAUCCCGACAAACCCGAGGCCAUCAUACAAUUCUUCGAGAAACAUGUCGCAGACUGGGCCGCGUCUAAACGGGUCGCAGACCGACUUGCCCUGUUCGGUGUGCCUCACGAACACAUACCGACCGUCCUUCUCGUUUUCACCCAAGCUGUGACCAGCAAGAAGCUGUCUACGCCGAACGGAUACAUCGACUAUUCCCUCGAGCGUUUCGGGCGCAUGUCGCCAGAAGAUGACGAGCGAGGGUAUUUCGAUAUGAUUUACAGCUCCGUCCUCUACACAUGGGUAUCCGAUCCUGCUAACCAGGCAUUCCUCGAGUCCCAGAACAUUCCCACUUCUGUCAUUCACGGCAUGCGUGCUCUUUCAGAGGCGACGUCCCGCUCCCACCCCGGAGACGAUUAUCCUGCUGCCAGGGGACUCCGUCGAAAGUUCAUCAUGCAUGUUGGUCCUACGAAUAGCGGUAAAACACAUCAUGCGCUACGCGCCCUGGCCGCUGCACCUACCGGAAUCUACGCGGGGCCUUUACGGCUGCUCGCCCAGGAGAUUUGGGAGCGUCUCAAUCUCGGUCAGAUCGUCCCGGCAGGGAUAGAGGAAGAGGAGCGCGUUCCGGAGCCACCAUCACCACCACCAGAAUCGGCCUUCGACGUCAGUCCCGAGAAACCACUUUUGACGAAACGCGGGAAUCCCAAGUACGCGAGGAUCUGCAAUAUGAUUACUGGGGAGGAGGUCAAGAUCGUUGAUGAGAAUGCCCCGCUGUACAGCUGUACGGUUGAGAUGAUCAAAACGAAUAUGCUGUACUGACGUUGCGGUCGUCGACGAGAUUCAGAUGAUUGGUGAUACGGAUCGAGGGUUUGCAGUGGAGCGAAGCUGUACUUGGUCUCAACGCGCGGGAGAUUCAUCUCUGUGGUGAGGAAACUGCAGUGCCCCUCAUCGAAGCUAUGCUUAAAGAAACGAAUGACGACCUCGUCGUGAAUCGUUACGAGCGACUUACACCGUUGGAGGUCGAGAAGGAGAGUUUGAAGGGCGAUCUGAGCAAGGUCCGGAAGGGAGAUUGUAUUGUCACUUUCUCGAGGAGGUCCAUUUUCCAGAUGAAGCGAGAUGUGGAGAGAUUAGGGAUAACUUGCGCUACAGUCUACGGGAGACUACCACCCGAGGUUCGCAGUGAACAGGCUGAUCUGUUCAAUGAUCCCAGGAGUGGAUUCGACGUCCUCAUUGGAAGUGAUGCUAUUGGCAUGGGCUUGAAACUUGUUCGUUUCAU